CCUGACUCACGUUGACAACUCGUCAAAAAUGGCAGAUUCGAGCCCCACUAAGUCCGAUAUCGAGGAAAUUUUCAAGCGAUUAAGGGCUAUUCCAACGAAUAAGAUACCGACACGAGCUGAAUCCACGUACCACAUAUUUCCAUCACUCAUUGCUCCUCAAUAAUCCUGGAGGAUUAAAGCCAAAGUCCUUAUUGCCAAUUACAACUUCAAUUGAAUUCUCAUGUCCCACAAUUUUUAGUCACUUCAACAUAAAGGGGGUGGAUUCUUUUGGGAGAUGCUUCAUGAUAGGUUAUUUUAGAUUGAUCUUAUGGACAUUUCCCGACCUCCAAUGUAUUUCGACGAUAAACGAGGAUUGGUUUCCCCUGAUUAUGUGGUUAUUCUGCUGAUUUUAUUGACAGACAUGCUUCGACUGCAACACCAAAAAUCCAGCUUGGUGCAGUGUAACAUACGGUGUCUUUCUCUGCAUUGAUUGCUCCGCUGUUCAUCGAAGUUUAGGUGUACACUUAACCUUUGUCAGAUCCUCACAGCUAGACACCAAUUGGACAUGGCUACAGCUGAGGAAUAUGCAAUUGGGAGGCAAUGCUCAUGCUAGAACAUUCUUCUCUCAACACAACUGCACGACUACCGAUGCACAGCAGAAGUAUAAAUCUCGCACUGCCAUGCAGUAUCGUGAGAAAUUGUCUCAAGCUGCCAAUCAAGCGAUGCGUCGUUACGGCACUAAGGCUAUUCUUCCGUCAAAUCCAUUGAAAUUGUUGCAUUUAGAUGAUCAUGUCGAUACCAAUAAUGAAGAGGCAGCGGAAAUUGACUUCUUCGCUGAACAUGAAAACUUCGAGGACGCGAGAUCAACCCCAGUGAUCCCACCCCAGUCCAAAGUGGCUGCUCUCACCGCACAAUCACUCUUAAAUGAUAAUCCAUCUAAAAAUAAACCAGAAGCGAAUGCAGAUUCGCUUGUGGGCAAUGUCGGGCCUUCGGUGAAGCUUUCAGACUCAGCCCCGAGUGUUCAGCCUGACAGGAAGCCCACAAUAGGAGGUAGAAAGGUGCAGACUAGGCGUCCAGGGCUUGGAAAGAAGACUGGAGGUCUUGGAGCUCAGAGAGUCACAACUAACUUCGACGAACUCGAGAAGAACAUCGCUGAGGCGAGUGCUCAGGCGCCCAGGGAACUCCCGGAGCGCGGGAAAGAGGAGCAGGCAGAGAUUGAUAAUCGCUUAGCUUAUAAAUACGAACAGAAUCUCACGGAGCAGGCAAAACUCGUCAAGGAGAGAACCAAAAUGUUGGAUCCGAAAAAAGCAUCACAAGCUGAACGUCUUGGAAUGGGGAUCAAUGCCAGGAGUGGAGCUAGUCACUCAGCGGUGAGUGACAUGAAGGUAAUAACCCAGGAAUCCUCAGGGCGUAAAAUUACUGCCAGUGAACCCAGAUAUAAUCCACGAGACGACGCGGAGAUUGACACCUCCACAGCUAGAGCUGUACCGGACCUCGACGACUUUUUCUCCGCGAUAAGUUCUCCAUACUCAACAAAAUCGGGUUACAAAAUGGGGAAUGAGGAGGUCGUUGUCAUUUCGGAGCCUGAGAUGCCGAGGAGGGCACCGUUGAAACUCAAUGGUGGGCGUGGUGAUGUCAAAAGUACUUCCAGCGGUAGUUCCAAUGCUGAUGGCGAGGCACAGAAGAAAUUCGGAGGGGCCAAGGCCAUCAGCUCUGAUCAGUACUUCCGGGACGGUAAUAGUGAUGAUUCGUGGGAACGCAAGAGUAAUCUCCGACGAUUCGAAGGUCAAUCGUCGAUAUCUUCGGCAGAUUACUUCGGCACCGGUACCACAUCGCCAACAUCAUCAUCAUCAUCGUUAUCAAUGAGUAAUAUAACAGCACGAACUCAAUCAGUGGACCUCGAAGACGUUCGAGAGAGUGUGCGCCAAGGGGUAAAUAAAGUCGCCGGGAGACUGAGCUCCCUGGCAAACGCAGCAGUUUCAUCAAUUCAAGAUCGAUAUGGACUUUAACAGUAAUUAUAUUGUAAUAUCGCGGAAUUAAUAGCUCCUCUGUCAUAAAUACAGAAUGAAUGCCCUCAGUGGUUCCUUGGACGAAUGAGGCGUCCAUUGUUCAAUGGUUUUCCAUGAUUUUUUUUCUUAUUUUAGACAUCAAAUUGGGAGAACAAACUUAAGGACAGUGUAUCGUUGAAAAUCUUGUAUUCUAUCAAUUGUUAAUUGAAUACACAUUAUUAUUAUAUACAA